AUGGAAGGUGUGAAACGAACACUAAAAAAGCAAAUAUCAUCUGCUCAGAAAGUAAUUCUUAUUGAAUUUGUGGAAGAACAUCCGGAGUUGGUCAGCAAUAAGCACACAAACCAAUUCACGUCUGCAAAUGCCCAAAGGCUGUGGCAGGAAGUUUGUGUAAAAUUAAAUUCUACACCAGGGGCUGAAAAAACAUGGCAAGAAUGGCGAAAGACUUGGCGUGACCUCAAAAGUAGAACAAAACAGAAAAUUUCUGAAAUUAAGAAGGAAAUUAACAAGACAGGAGGAGGACCCAACACAGCUGAUGUUAUUGAAGAAAUUGAUGAGAAAGUUUUAGGUAUAAUGGGAGGUGAUAUUGUAAUUGAUGGUUUAUUCAGCAUUCCAGAAUUGGGUUUGCCAGUUAAUGAUACUAAUAAAUUGGUAGACCAUCUAUAUUGCAAUAUGGAUGAGGAAGACAUUGGAAUAAAUGAAGAAAUUGAAAGAGAAGAAGAAGCUACCCCAGUCAAAAAAAAAUGUAAUAUAAGAGUAAGACCACCACUGAACAUAUUAAGAAAUACAGCCUCAAAUCGCUCAACUAAAGAAAUGGCUGCUAAUAAGGCUGCAGUUGAUUUGGUAAAGGUUACGCAAGAAACAAAUACUAUUAAAGAGAAUUAUUACAAUAAAAAGCUCCAAAUAAUGGAGGAGAGUUUGGAGAUACAAAAAAAAAGGCUGAAAAUUCUGGAAAGAAUUGCAGUUGGGGUUGAAUUAUUAUUAAGAAAAUAA